AUGAAAACCGAGGUGGAAGUUGUUUGCAUAGAUGAUGAUGAUGAUGAUGCAGAGAAUGCACAACCUCAAGAUAACAUUCCACCAGUGGAAAAUUUGGCGAAUGCGCAAGCUAUUGUCGUUGAUCUGCGGUCAACAUCUGAGGACAUCAUGGCCAUCAGCAACGACGAGUCCGAUGAAGAAUCUGAAAUGGAUGUUGAGGUGGAUGCAAAUGCAACAGCUAAAUUGAAAUUGGUAACAUCGUCAGUGGAGACAGUGGUCUGUACUAGAUCACUCUACUAUCUUAGGCCAUUUGAGCUGGCCAAAGAUGCGGCGCUGCGUGUCGUCUUCCUCCAUUUCCUUUCCUCAACUUCGUCUAAAAAAAAAUCCAUUCCUCAACUGCAUCGGGGCUCACUUGGCGGAGGCGGCGACCCCUUCCAGAUCCGCUCCGACGCCGGCGUGCAGGCAACUCCGGGGUCUUUGAAAAUGCCAAGGAGGAAGAAGAGCCGGUUGGAUCCAGUUGCAGGCGGCAGGCAGAUAGCCAGUAAGGCUCAGAUUGAUGGAACUGAGCAGACAUCGCCACUCGCCAUUUGUAAGCUCUACGAGCACAUCAACGAAGGUCAACGCGUUGCUGUCAGAGCCAUGGGGACUGGGCAGCUCCUGGACAUCAAGUGUGCAUACUUACACAACACCAUCCUGACAUGGUUCACAAGGUUGUACCACUCAGGAAGGAGAGGGUUUGUCGUGCCAGGACGCGGGUUCAUUCCACUGACCGAGGAGUCUGUACAUCAGAUUUUGGGCAUCCCUCAUGGAGACAUUGAGGUCAAGUAUGAAACCGACUAUGACAUGGAACAGGAGUUCGCAGCUACUUUGUUUCCGGGCAAUGGCAGCAGGCCAAACAUCACGACAGUUGCUACUGCAAUCAUUAACCAUAACGAGGCUGAUGAUAGAUUCAAGAAGUUAUGGCUUAUUUACAUUGUCUCAACCGUGUUGGCCCCUACGACCAAUGCACGGAUCAGCAACAAGUGCUACCCCAUGCUGGCGGAUAUCAACCGGGCAGACAGGCUGAACUUGUGCAAAUUUGUCGUGGACCAGCUCCACGAGCACCUCUCAAAGGGGAAAUAUACAAUUGGGUGCUUACUUUACUGCAUGUUAAGGUACCUUGAUGCUUUGGAUUGUGAUGGCAUGGAGCUUGAGUUAACUGACACACCAUAUAGAGUAAACGCAUGGUCCAAGACCCAGGUUGAUGUUGUCGCUGAGCUGGACAUGUUAGAGCAUGAUCCACCCUGUUUUGGCAAACUUCAGCUAAAGGAAGAAUUCAGAGAGGAGGCUGCUAGUGGAUCAGGCACAAGCAUAUUGAGUCUGUUCGGAGGCCCUGGUGGCUUCGAAACCUGGAUGAAGCAAAACACCCACCCAAGUUGUUCUGAAAAUAACAAGCUUAAAGUACAGGGGAUCAUCCACAAGUUUGCAUCAGGGUUGGAGACUCUCCUUGGUGAUCUCGUACAGGGGAUGACAGCCCCAACAGCAAGUAAUUCAACCAAAAGUAGGAGGGGCAGGCGCAACGAAAUAGAAAAAAAUGAUGAUACGUUGUUUGAAGAUUCGUCAUCAUCAGAAUCUGACGGCGACACGGAUGGGGACGAUGAUACGUCGUUUGCGUCAUCUUCAGAAUCCGUAGUGCUAGCAGAAUGAAAUAUUUUCUGGUUUACUUUGUACUGGUUGCUAUAUUUAUUUUGAUAUUUUUCUCGGAUCUAUCAAGUGUGAUGCAAUCUGUAUGUUGUCCCCUCUUUGCUAGUGAUUCAUAACCAACAAUA